AUGGCUUCUCAUUUCCUCCUGUGCCUCUGUUUGGCCAGUGGUCUGCUGGCUGCAGCAUCUGGCUGUGGAGAAGAGAAAAACGUAGCUUCUGGCUGCCCCUCCGGUUGGACUCAGUUUGGCUCUCGCUGCUUCAUCUUCUACUGGAAUUCAAAGACUUGGUUGGAUGCCGAGACCUACUGCAUAUCCAUUGGAGGGAAUCUGGCCUCCGUCCACAGCGCUGACGAACACUUCUUCCUCAGAAACAUGAUAUACAGAGUGUCAGGCAGAUACAGAUUGACCUGGAUCGGUGGCUUUGACGCUGUAGAGGACGGAGUCUGGAUGUGGAGCGAUGGAUCCAAGUUCGACUACACUCGCUGGGCUACUAAUGAACCCGACGUCUCCAAUACCGCACAACACUGCGUUGAGAUGAACAGGAACAAAAACUACUGGGGGGACGAUAGCUGCACCAGCCGAAAUCCCUUUAUCUGCUCCAAGAACAUCUGA